AUGUCGACGGUUCCUGCGCCUCCCACUGUCGUGAAGACAGACCCGACGGCGAUUCCACUCGUGGGCUGCCAGCCUGCUUCCAAGGUUCAGAUGGAAGCGUUGGACAUCAGCGAGGCAGAGAAGUUCAGCGGCGACUUGGCUGUCUUCACCGUCCUCGCCCCGGGAAGCUUCCACGACGACUCAGGCUUGCCUCCGGCGGCCAAAGGGCCCGUCGAGCUCCCUGAGAUCGCGCAGAAGCUUGACGACGCCGUUGGACAAGGCAUGCUCAAGGAAGCUGUGGAAGCCGCGGACUUUAAAGCCAAGAUGGGCGGGCACGUGUGCGUGCGGCUGCCCUCCAAGUCCUCACCGGCGGUGAAGAGCCUCGCGGCGCUCGGCUUCGGUUCCAUGGCUGACCUGAGUCCCGCGUCGGUCACGAAGGCGGGCUCUGCGUUGGCGGGCCUGCUCCUCCGCGGGGCGGGAGAGAAGGCAAAGAAGGUCGCGCUCGUUCUGCCGGCGUGCAAGGGCGUCUGCCCUUCGCCAGAAGGCCAGAAAAAGUGCAAGGAGAUGAAGGAGCGAGUCCUCGCAAGCUUCCUGGAGACUCUCCUUGUCGACCUGCAGCCCGACACCAGAUUCAAGGGCGACCGCGAAGAAGGGAAGAACUGCGCGCAGUUGGAGCAGCUGACCAUCUACUCCGACGACACGGAAUCCGCAAAGCGUGCAAUUACCCGGGCGAAAAUCACCGCGCCUGGAGUCUACUUCGCGCAGGAGCUUGUCAACGCGCCCGCGAACUACUGCAACCCCGUCACGCUCGCUCAGGCUGCCGUCGAUAUGGCGAAGGAGACCGGACUCGAGGUGGAGGUCCUACAGCGCGACGAAAUCGAGAAGCUGAAGAUGGGGUGCUUCCUGGCUGUCGGCAAGGGCUCGCUGUUUCCGCAUCAGUUCAUCCACAUCACGUAUAAGUCCUCGGACCCCAAGAAGAGGCGCCUUGCCCUCGUGGGGAAGGGCAUCUGCUUCGACGCCGGCGGCUACAACCUGAAGACCGGCGGCGCGCAGAUCGAGCUGAUGAAGUUCGACAUGGGUGGCGCAGCCGCCGUGCUGGGCGCGGCCCGCGCGCUCGCGCUGUUGAAGCCGGCGAACGUGGAGGUUCACUUUCUGGUGGCCGCAUGCGAGAACAUGAUCUCAGACAAGUCGUAUCGCCCUGGCGACGUUAUCACAGCCAGCAACGGAAAAACCGUUGAAGUCGGCAACACCGACGCCGAGGGGCGCCUCACGCUUGCGGACGCGCUCAUUUACGCCGAGAAACACGUCAAGGCGGACACCAUCGUGGACGUCGCGACCCUCACGGGAGCCGCCAUCGUCGCGCUCGGCUACAAAUACGCCGGGCUCUGGAGCAACAAGGACUGCAUGGCCAACGCCAUUCUCAAGAGUGCUGAGAACAGCGGGGAGUAUAUGUGGCGUAUGCCGCUGGCGCGCGACUACGCAGAGGCCCUGGAGAGCAAAUGCGCAGAUAUGAACAACGUGGGAGGCAAAGGCAAAGGAGGCGCGAUCAUCGCCGCCGUCUUCCUGAGCAAGUUCAUCGAAAAGGCCUCGUGGGCGCACAUCGACAUCGCCGGAACCGCGUGGGAUGUGAAGGGCAACAAGGCGACGGGCUACGGGGUACGUACACUUGUUGAGUACGUCAUGAGCGUUAGCGAGAGCCAGAACUAG